AUGGCUACCGUUGCUGAUCUGCCUACUCCUCCGGCCACCGUGCAAGGCUCCCCAAAGCCUGGCCCGACACCGUAUGAAGUGCCCAAGAUUAGUCUUGUGAAUCGCUUCAUAGACCAGCCCAGGGAACUGAAUGUCGUCGUCAUCGGAGCCGGUAUUGCAGGUGUAUUGGCGGGUAUCCUGCUCCCAGCAAAGGUUCCAGGCAUCAAACUCACAAUAUAUGAGAAGAAUGCAGAAGUCGGUGGUACUUGGUUUGAAAACAUAUAUCCCGGAGUGCGAUGUGAUGUGCCCGCUCAUGCGUACCAAUCAACUUUUGAUCCAAACACACAGUGGACCGAAGAGUUCGCCCAAGGCCCUGAGAUUCUGGAGUAUUGGAAAGGAUUGUCCAGAAAGCAUGACGUGUACAAGUAUCUGAAGCUGUCUCAGAGGGUCGAUGGCUUGGACUGGGAUCCGACUACAUCCCAGUGGCUGAUCAACGUACAUGAUCUAAAAUCAGACACUUCACGAGUUGAAAAGGCUGAUUUUGUGCUCACGGCAAUUGGAAGAUUUAAUGCCUGGAAACUCCCAAACUAUCCUGGCAUCAAGGAUUACAAGGGCCUCUUGCGACAUACUUCAAACUGGGACCCGACAUUUGAUGUCACCGGCAAAAAGGUCGCCGUCAUCGGCAACGGAGCCAGUGGUCUUCAGCUCGUUGCUAAUAUCCAGAAGCGUGUCGAGCGCUUAGAUCACUACGCCAGAAACAAGACAUGGGUGGCAGCGUCAUUUGCCGGCCACGAGACGUCUAUUGAGCCCAAGACUAUCCCUCAAGAGCUCCGUGAUUCGUUCAAGGACGACCCAGAAACUUACUUGAAGUACCGCAAGGAGAUUGAGCAACAAUAUUUCAGAGGAUUCAAGGGCUGGCUGAAAGGCUCAGAGGUCAAUGAUCAGGCAAAAGAGAUAUUCACACAGCUGGCAAAGACGCGGCUAGCUGAUAAACCAGAGCUGUUUGACAGAAUCAUUCCCGACUUUUCUCCCCACUGCCGUCGACUCACCCCUGGGCCGGGAUAUUUUGAAGCUCUCACGCAGCCUCAUGUCGAGUACAUCCAGACCCAUAUCAAGAGAUUCACCGAGACGGGUAUCGAGACAGUAGAUGGCAAGACUCGAGAUGUCGAUGCCAUCUUCUGCGCCACAGGAGCCAAUUCUGACAUGGCGCCCCCUUUUCCCAUUCGUGCAGGAGGUGCCAAUCUGAGCUACGACUGGAGCCAUUCGGGCACCUAUGGCUUCCCUUAUUCAUAUCUGGGAGUCGCCUCACCAGGUUUCAAAAAUCUUCUAUUCAUCCACGGUCCGAAUGCCUCGGGGAGAUCAGGUACCGUGCCGCAUAACUUGGAGAACCAAAUCACCUUCUUCGCCAAGAUCCUCCGCAAGAUCAGCCGCGAAGGUAUCAAAACCAUUUCUCCUUCUAGACAAGCUGCCGAUGACUUUACGGCCUAUAACGACGCCUUCUUCGAGACCACUGUACUCUCCGAGAACUGCAGUUCAUGGUACAAUGGCGGCGUUCCAGGCGGCCGAAUCCACGGCCUCUGGCCCGGCAGCGCUUCACACCUGACAGUCGUCCAGAGGGAUCCACGGUGGGAAGACUGGGAGUACGAAUAUCUCUCCGAGUCGGGCAACCGUUUUGCGUGGUAUUUCGGCAAUGGAAGCACCUAUGUCGAGACCGAUCCAAAACUAGACGUUACUCCGUAUCUCAGCGCCGAAGAGGCUGACUUGCGAAGCGUUCACGAGAACUGGUGGGUCAUCCCGUAG